AAGAGAAGCAGAAGAAGUGCAAGAAGAUCACAACCUGCUCCUACAGAGGUACCUUGGGCUGGUGCAGUUUUCUGCAAGAAUGAGUCCCAACACAGGGUAUCAGGAAACUGCAUGUUACUAACGCAGAAGAAGAAGAAGGGAACUUAGUGCACUCUGAACAAGUGCACUGCCUGUAAAGUGGAGUGCAGCUGAGAAGGGCCAGGGGUGCAGCAGGCACUGAGCAGGGGCCCUCUGCUAACACUGCAUCUCACUGACACCACCGGACAUGUCUUAUAUGUCCUACGGCUGGUACCAUGGGAACAUCACUCGCUCCAAAGCAGAGGAUCUUCUCUCCCAGGCUGGCAAAGAUGGGAGCUACCUCGUCCGGGACAGCGAGUCUGUUUGUCGUGCCUAUGCACUGUGUGUCCUAAACCAGAGCUGUGUGCACACCUACAGGAUUCUACAGAAUGCCGAGCAGCAGCUGUCAGUGCAGGCAUCAGAAGGUGUUCCAAUGCGAUUUUUCACUAACUUGGUGGAGCUGAUUGAAUUUUACAGAAGAGAGAAUGUGGGUUUAGUAACACAUCUUAAGUAUCCCAUAGAGAAGGAGGAGGAGGGCCCUGAAGAGCCAGAUGAAGAGCAAGAACCAGCUCCCCCUAAUGUCCCACCCAGAAACUUUGCCUUUACCCCAGUUUCAGAAAUAAAGGAGUGCCAGACAGCAAUAGAGAGAGCACCGGCUGCAAAUGCAUCACUUCUUCUAUCCGAGACAUUCCUGCAGAGAUUUCAGGACACAGACAGUCGUUGCAUUCCCGAGGAACAUUUGCAAGCAAUUCGUGACUACUUCAGCCUUCACGUUGUCAGUGACUGUGAUAUGGUACGCAGUGGAUCUCAAAGCCUACCGCAGUUUAAGAAGCUCCUAAUGACACUUUGCACUGGCUUGCACAGAGAGCUGACACGAACAUUGCCAACCCUGGAGUCCUUGCAAGUCACCUUUGACCCCCAGCUCUCCCCUGGAUUCAGGCAGCGGUCUCCUCUGCCUGGCGAUUCUGCCACAAAUAAUAUGGUCAAUAAACUUACACAUCUCACCUCCAUGGUUUCUGGGCUGGAAGAAAAGGUAAAAACAGUGUUAAUGGAAGGCGCUGCGGUGAAACAUCGACGGUCUCUUAUCCCUCCAAUAAUAUUUGAGGUGAAAGCUGAUUCUCUAGGUAUCUCACAAAAAACACACUUGAAGGUUGAUGUUGAAACUGGAAAACUAAUCAUCAAAAAGUCAAAGGAUGGCCCAGAUGAUAAAUUCUAUCCAAGCAAAAAAAUUCUGCAGUUAAUAAAGUCUCAGAAGUUCCCUAAUAAACUGGUUAUAGUUCUGGAAACUGAGAAGGAAAAAACUCAGCGCAAGGAGUAUGUUUUUGCUGACUCAAAGAAACGAGAGGGGUUUUGUCAACUUCUCCAGCAAAUGAAGAACAAACAUUCAGGACAGUCAGAACCAGACAUGCUGAGUAUAUUUAUUGGAACAUAUAACAUGGGUGAUGCCCCACCACCAAAGAAUAUCACUCCUUGGUUCCUGUGCAAAGGCCAAGGGAAGACUAGGGAUGACACGGCAGAUUACAUAGAACAUGAUAUCUAUGUGAUUGGAACACAAGAGGAUCCGCUAAGUGAGAAAGAAUGGACAGAUAUACUUAUGAAUUCUCUCCGUGAAAUUACGUCGGUAGAAUACAAAGUGAUUACAAUCCAGACCCUGUGGAACAUUCGAAUAGUUGUCUUGGCGAAGCCAGAGCACGCACAUCGAAUCAGCCAUGUGUUUACCAACAGUGUGAAGACUGGGAUUGCCAAUACACUGGGAAAUAAAGGUGCAGUUGGUGCCGCUUUCAUGUUUAAUGGAACAUCGUUUGGCUUUAUAAACAGUCAUCUUACAUCUGGGAGUGAAAAGAAACUCAGGAGGAAUCAGAAUUACUUCAACAUCCUGCGGUUUCUGAUACUGGGGGAUAAGAAGCUCAGCCCGUUCAACCUCACACACCGAUUUACUCAUCUUUUCUGGCUCGGGGAUCUAAACUACCGUUUACAACUUCCUAACACUGAAGCUGAGAACAUAAUCCAGAAGAUCAAACAGCAGCAGUAUCAGGAGCUGCUUGCCCAUGACCAGCUGAAUUUGGAGCGAAAGGAGAACCUGAUAUUUUUUCAGUUCGAUGAAGAAGAAAUCACCUUUCCUCCAACUUACCGCUUUGAGAGGGGUAGCCGAGAACGAUACUGCUACACCAAGCAGAAAGCAACAGGGAUAAAGUACAAUUUACCAUCUUGGUGUGACAGGGUUCUAUGGAAAUCAUAUCCACACAUGCAUAUUUUAUGUCAGUCCUAUGGGUGCACAGAUGAUAUUACUACAAGCGAUCACUCACCGGUAUUUUGCACAUUUCAGGUUGGAGUAACAUCUCAAUUUGUCUCAAAAAACAAUCCAGGGAACUCUGGUGAUUUGGAAGCACAGGGACAUAUUGAGCUGAUGAACUGCAGAGCAACUUUAUACACCAAAAGCCACACCAAAUUCUACAUUGAAUUCCAUUCUCCUUGCUUAGAAAAUAUGGUCAAGAGUUCAGAAGCUGAAGACCAGGAGGGGAAUAAUGGUACCUUAGUAGUGAAGUUUGGGGUCCUUCCAAAGCUAACACCGAUCAUCUCUGACCUGGAGUACCUGCUUGAUCAGCACCUAUUGAUUUGCAUCAAAUCCUCUGACACUGACGAGUCUUAUGGGGAAGGCUGCAUUGCACUCAGAAAAGAAGAUACAGAGCAGCAGUUCCAAUUUAGCACUAUUCUGACCCACCAUGGAGAGGAAACUGGGUUGUUUUGUGGAGAAAUCUGUCUUCUUGCAUCUGGUGGGAAGCAAAGGGAGAAGUUAUACGAUUUUGUCAAGAUUGAAAAGGAUGAAACUGUGGCACAAAAACAGCUAAAACACCCUUACAGUCAAGCAAUGGAACAGUCAAGGAUCAUGAAAAGCAUAUCGGAAAAGUCUGCAAUGAUGGCUCGCAUGCGGGGGGUUCCUGUUUGCCCUUCAGAAACUCAGAAUAGCAUGGAUCACACUGCAUCUGUAGCAGCCAUUUCCAGCCAGCCAAAGCAGAGUCCCCCUACCACCCCACCUGGAUUCAAAGCGAGUGAGCAAAGACAGAAGCCAGGAUCACCAGUACUGGGACGUGGAGACACUCCACUUACCCCACCUCCUCGCACUACAUUAUCCAAUCAGAAAUUCCCACAUCCCAACACCACCCGAGCUCCUCCGGCUGCACGUCAGCAGGAUUCUCUUCGAAUUACAAUUCCAUCUGAUCCACAUGAAAUGGUUGAUAAUCCAUUAUAUGGACCCAUAAACAAUUCUCUCUACCCCCCACCAGCCCAGGCUCGGGCUCAGAAAUCUCCCGAACCCAUGGCCCGCACCAUACCUAGCAUACCUAGCAUUCGCCAGCGCGCCAUGACCUGUUCUUCUACAGAAAAGAAGCCUGUCCCUGCAGAAAAAGCUCAGGUCAAGAGCACCAUAUCAGCUGUGACCAAUCAGAAUAUCUGCCGGCCUGAAGGUGGUCCAGGUCUCUUAAAGCCUCGUCCACCUGUACCGGCCAAGAACCAAUCAGCUGCUCGUGAUGUUCAGAACAACUAGAUCUAAACAGAGGGAAAUUUUAUUGUAUCAAAGCUUAUUUGUUUGAUCUGGUACUGUGCAGUCUUCUACAUGUAUAUAUUACGUUAACAUUUAUAGCAUUUCAGUCAUACAGAAACAGCCUAAUACCUCUAUACUUCUUUCUUAGACAUCUUAUAGAGUGUAGAUUUAUCAUUUACUGAUUGCAUGCAUUGUAGCUCUGUUGUCUUUCCUAAUACACAGUGCAGGAUGUACAUUGUCACUAGUGUGACCGGUGCUUAAAAUGUCAGCCCUUGUGGCUGCCACUGAUACAUAUUUGAAGUGCCUAGCAGCCCUAGCUGUUAAUAUAUAUGUGUGGCAAUGGGACCUAUGGUCCUGACCUUCUUCUGACCACAACUGAAUUGGUUUCAUACAACAGAAUACUCUCCCAGCAAAGUUAGUAAUUCAUUAGCAAUAUGCCUUUUACAGCUAUAAUCCCCUCCUGUUAUUUUGUAUAAGGGUAUUGUAUAAGUGUAUUAUAAAAGUCCAUUAUUUAAAAGUCCUUAUGUAAAAGUCCUUUAUUUACUCCUGCCAGUUGAGAGUUAGACCAGGAAGUACACCAGGAUAACUUCUAUAUAAAUAUGGCACUUUUAUGGCCAAAUUAUAAGUGAAAUCUUACCCUUUCUAUUGCAUUACGUUUUAUCCAACUCUAAUAUAUGCAGUGUCGUGCUUAUAGUGGGGAUCAACACUGGCUGUUACAUCAAAGGCUGUUACAGUAACAUAGCAGGAAGGGACCACUGCCCUUCUGUGAAUUCUUUAUGAGUUUGACUGUACCUCAAAGAAACCCAGGAGGGGUUCCCUAUAUUUUGUCCCUGUAAAUGAACACUGUUUGGGCUGGCAGAAGUGUAUUAAAAGUUUAACAAAUACAGAAUUUCAUUCUGUAGUUUACAGGA